AUAAGCUAUAUAUUCGUUUGUGUAUACAAUGGUAUUUCGAUAAGCUCUACUUCCGCUUUGAGGUGCUCACUUCCGGUGUGACGUUCACGGUUUACAAUGACAGAUUCAAGCUCUGUUAUUAUGGAGGAAACAGAAGUUCCACUGAAUUUCGGUGAAGAGGAUGAACUGGAUCGAAGAAAAAAGUUGAAGCAUCCAGCGGCAGUGUUCUUCCACAUGAUAUUCCGUGGCAGUGCUAUUGUUGCAUACCUGCUUUGUGGACUGUUCAGUACCAGUUUCAUCACAAACUUUGUCGUCAUUGUCAUUCUACUCUCAAUGGACUUCUGGACAGUGAAAAACAUUACAGGCAGACUCCUAGUUGGCCUAAGAUGGUGGAAUUAUGUUGAUGAUGAUGGGAAAAGUCACUGGAUAUAUGAAUCUCGGAAGGACAAAGGUGGCAGCAAGGUGUCGGCAGUGGAGUCCAGGCUCUUCUGGCUGUCUCUAGUUAUCAGCGAAGUUAUUUGGAUGAUCCUUUUCUUUGGCACAAUAUUCACCUUUAACCUCAAAUGGAUUAUGGUUGUGAUAGUGGGAAUCAUCAUGAAUGGAGCCAACCUUUAUGGAUACAUCAGAUGUAAACUUGGAGCCAAGAAGAAGCUGUCCUCUGUGGCAUCAAACUUCCUUGGUGCUCAACUGUUUAGAUCUAUGUUGUCAACAGCCACAAAGCCUGCAGAGUCAUCAGGAGAACAGAAGUGAAGACGUCCGCAAGUGAAUAUCAUGGGAAUGUGACAGUUCUAUCACUGAUGGGCAGUCGUGAUACUGUGGCAAUGGGCAACAAGUGUUUUAAAAAAUCUUGUAGUGGACAUAUUCCGAAAUCCAAAUUGGUAAUGAUGUCUGAAGAAAUCUUGUUCCAGCUCAACUUGAUUGUACCAUCAUCAUCUAUCCAUGUUUGUUUGCAUACAGAAUAAACUACUCAAAAGAAAUCAGAGAACACUCCACAUGACAGAAUAACUAUAUCGUAUAAAAAUAAGAUUGUUCUUUAACUUCUUUUAAGUACUAUGUAUGUACUGCCAUGUUUUUUGUUGGGAAAUAUUUUGUGACUUUGUAAAUUGUUAAUGUAUGAUUGAAUAUCACGUCUACUGCUAAUCUAAAUGUCGAGAACUAUCUCCCAUCUGUGAUGAACAAAUUCUGCAAACGCUGGUGUUUUACUCUGCCAACAACCAGUCCUGCAACAUGCUGUGUGGAACAAUCAGUGUCCAAAAUAACUGCCUGGCUGCCUACCCAUGGCUGGUAACCUUUCUGUUGGGCUGCAUGAAAUGUUCCUCCUUCUGUCUUGUAGAUGCAAUUAUGACUACUUCCAUAUUCAGUUUUAUGAUGUAUAUUUAUAUCUAAUACUUCUUGUAUAGAUUCUCAAGUGAUUGUUUGCAUUUUUUCAAAUGAAUCAAGACGUGAUUUGUCUCUUAUUUUUUGUGAUUUUUUAAUAUUCAUAAUGUCUGAAUACGGGCAGGCAACUUUGAAGAUGGGCAGGCAACACUUAAAGGGUAACCUGCCUGACUGUCUUGUUGGGUUUUAAAAUGAUUUCAAACACACAUCCAAUUCAGGAACAAGGUAGACACAAGACACUGAUAAUCAUGAUGAACAUGACAUUAAAUUGUGAUGCAGAGAUUGCAUGUGAAGAUUGAUUGGGUGUCAUGUAUUACACCCCACAUGUAGGUGUAUUGCCUUGUAGGGAAGUAUUGCAAACGAAGACACAAGUCUGACAGUGUCUGAACAUGUGGGUGUCCAAAAUAAUUUCAUCGGGAUUAACUUGACCAAAAGUGGUGUAGAAAUCCGUUAUAGCCACACUUCCUUGUUGUAUCUGUCAUUAUUAAGGGUGUGAGGUGUGACCAGUAUAUCGGUAAAUUGAGGUUCAUUCUUUCCACGAUACAUGUCAAAAUAUAAUUUUUUCAUGCUCGAUAAAUCAGGUGAUUUCAAAUUUGGAUUUUUAUCAGGUGUUUAAUGUUAUAUACUUGCCAAAUGCCUUCGUUGCCCAGGAGCGAGCAUCUGGGGCCCCAAGAUGGCUGCGUAUUUAUUGAAUGAGUUAUUAUUUUGGACCAGCAUCUUGUUUUGUUCCAUUUAUGAACUUCAAUUCAUACCUUAAUGUAUCAGAUUGCUUCUUAAUUAAAAGUUUAGAAUUAUAAAUAUAUCUUGAUAUAUAUCACAACACAGCUUUGUGCAUUGAAAAAUAUUGUAUUUAAUUAAAAUUUAGAAUUAUAAAUAUAUGAUAUAUAUCACAACACAGCUUUGUGCAUUGAAAAAUAUUGUAUUUAUACACUUUAAACCUCCAGGACCCAUCCCUAGUGAUUGUCACUAGUUUUGGUUGACCAAAGUUGUAGGAUAUUGACAGGUACACCACGGAAAGCGUGGGUAUUUCUGUCACAUAUCCAUGACCUGUCAGGAUACAAACAGUUGUGUGUAGGACCACCUGUUUGUGGUACCUGUCGGACCACCUAUUUUCUGUAUCUGUGCAUGUGGGGUUUUGAUGUUCAUUUGGGGUUUUUGUGUUGUGUCACUGGUUGUAUAUGUUGUAAAUAUGUCAUGACAUCUGUAAAUAGAGGACAUUCCAGCUUGCAUAAUCUUGUCCAUACUGUUUCACUUUCAAGAUCCUUCUUGAUUCUGUACAUUGGGAGCUAAUUUAUAAUGCUUUUGCAUUCAUUAAAGAGCAAGAUAAUGAA